AUGGAUAGGUUCCACAUCGUCCUCAGGAUGGGCCACCAUCACUGGGACCCUCUCCCUCCUGAGUGUGGCCACAUUGUGGAGCACGGCACAUGCCACCGUGCUCCCAGUCCCCAGGCCAGGUCCAGACAUGAGGCCCGAUCCCGGGAGGCCCCCAGUCCCCAGGUCAGGUCCAGACAUGAGGACCCCAGUCCCCAGGCCAGGUCCAGACAUGAUGCCCGAUCCCGGGAGGCCCCCAGUCCCCAGGCCAGGUCCAGACAUGAUGCCCGAUCCCGGGAGGCUCCCAGUCCCCAGGCCAGGUCCAGACAUGAUGCCCGAUCCCGGGAGGCUCCCAGUCCCCAGGCCAGGUCCAGACAUGAGGACCCCAGUCCCCAGGCCAGGUCCAGACAUGAUGCCCGAUCCCGGGAGGCCCCCAGUCCCCAGGCCAGGUCCAGACAUGAUGCCCGAUCACGGCACAGUGAUCUCAGCAGCCCCCCUUAUCACAGGCCUGAGACUGGGAGAUGGGCCUUUCCAUUGCCUUGUGGUGUGUUCCAGAAAAAGGUCCUGAGCUUACUGGUCGACAUCCGCCAUCGCCUGAAGGAUACGCAGCCUGCCUCUUCAGCUGUCCAUAUAGAGAGGAUUGAGACCAUGGAGGACUUUGAGUUAAAGGAGCAACACCUCUCUGAUGCACAAGCCUUUGAUACUCUGAGCUAG